UAUCAUUUGCAAACCAGAAAAUCAAGAAUUGGGAAGAAAUGGGAAGAGUUAUGAAUAUAUGUAUGGUUGUUUUAUUAUGUUUAACAGGUGUUGCAAUUGCUGAGCAAUGUGGUCGGCAAGCAGGUGGCAAGCUCUGCCCCAAUAACCUAUGUUGUAGCCAGUGGGGGUGGUGUGGCUCCACUGAUGAAUAUUGUUCACCUGAUCAUAACUGCCAAAGCAAUUGCAAAGACAGCGGCGAAGGUGUUGGUGGUGGAAGUGCUUCCAACGUUCUUGCGACGUACCAUUUGUAUAAUUCACAGGAUCAUGGAUGGGACUUGAAUGCCGCAAGUGCAUAUUGCUCUACAUGGGAUGCUAACAAGCCAUAUUCAUGGCGGAGCAAGUAUGGCUGGACUGCAUUCUGCGGUCCCGUCGGAGCACACGGCCAACCCUCCUGUGGAAAGUGCUUGAGUGUGACAAAUACAGGGACUGGAGCUAAAACGACAGUGAGGAUUGUGGAUCAGUGUAGUAAUGGAGGACUAGAUUUGGACGUGAAUGUUUUCCGUCAACUGGACACAGAUGGGAAAGGAUAUGAACGAGGUCAUCUUACAGUGAACUACCAAUUUGUUGAUUGUGGAGAUACCCAAGUCAACCCUCUAUUCCCCAUUAUGGAUCAUUAAUACACUAAUUAAUAACAUUGGGUUGGAUGUAUGUUAAGUCAAUUAUAAUAAAUAAAGGCCAAUUAAUGCUUUAUUAAUUGGCUACUGCAAUAACUUGUGAAUUGUGAUAAAUAAUUUUAUUCAACCAAUGUGCAAAAGCGGGUUUGGCUUGGAAAGUUGGAAUUUCUCUUGUAUGAGAUUGAUUGAUAAAAAUAAAAUAAAAUAAAAUUCUUUAAUUGUGAUA